GAGGGGCGGUAAGCGGCGCUGGGGUGGGGCAAGAGUAAGCCAGCGAAACUCGUUUCCCAAGCGCCGAACUCCGCUAACGCUGCCCCCACCAGGCGGCGCGCUGGUUGCUGGGGCUGGCCGGCGGCAAUGGCGGCGGCGCGGCAAUAGCAGUAUUAGCAGUUCGCUACGCUCCCGCCACGGUGACGUCACUUUGAGUAGUGUAGUGCAGUGAGCAGGAGCGAAAGCCAGGCUCCUCCGUCCGCGAAGCACGCUACGUCGCUAACCAAGUGAGUAGCAGCCAGCGAAAACCUCGACUCGACGUGAUACAGACGGACAACGCGCCUUUUCUUUCUCUCUUUUCGCUCUCACGACCAACGACUGGCCGACGUGACAAGCAGGCUGAAUAAAGCGACGCAACCAAGCGAGCGGCUCCCCUCGAGGUGUGGCAGCCGUGCAGUGCCUGUGCAGUGUGCCAAAUUCAGCGGCCGAGCUCCUACAGUGCAUGUGUGUGCCCCAUGAAAAUAAUAAAGUGCGUCUAUGCAAGUGUUGAUUGGUAGUGAGCAGUGGUAAGAGAUGUGACCAGGCCUGAGCAGUCGGUGCGGUCACAGUGGUAAGGCGUGGGGAGAGAGCGAGCCAGAGAAGCAGCUAGCGAGAGAGAGAGAGAGAGAGAGAGAAAAGCGUGUCUUUGAUCCGAGGUGCAGCGUGCGCGCGUGGCCAAGAGUGUUGUGCCCGAGUGUGUGGCCGCGAGUGUUGCGGUGUUGAGAUGUGGGCUGCGUGCCGGGCCGCACUCCUUAAGAAGCGCCGGCUAGGCCUGCCGGUGGGCUCGACCCAACCAGAUCAGGCUCGCAGCUGUCCCACGCUUGUGGCAGCAUGAUGCCAGCGAGUGACCAAGUCAGAUAGUACACGCGUACGAUGCGGUACCCGGCAACGAGGAAACGGCGGCCGCUCCAGAGCUGCAGCAGCCACUACAAUCCACUAGCGUUGCCGUCGCCGCAGCCGCCGCCGCGUUCGUCCUCGUCCUCGUCGUUGCCGGUGCAUGGGCCGAUCAGUGAGCAGCAGUUGCACUAGUGAGAUUAUUUGAGUUGUUCGCGAGUGUUGAAAACGAGAGGCUUUUCAGAGCUUCGCAACCAAUCACUCGUGUGCCCGUGGCUCUGCAGUGUGCUCGUGUUAGUGCGAACCGAUCAACUUCAGGAUACGCGAGUGUUGUGUGUCGUUGUACAGUGCCGCCAAACGAUAGCACAACAUCCGAUCCCAAAUGAAGAGUUCGGAGCAAAAUGGUUAGAGAGACACGUCACCUGUGGGUUGGAAAUCUGCCGGAAAACAUCCGUGAGGACCGAAUACGAGAGCAUUUCAAACGGUAUGGACGCGUGCAAAGCGUCAAGUUGCUGCCUCGGGGCGAGGAGUGCCCCGUGGACGGAGCGUCGGGCUGCGACAGCGGCCUCGAGGCCAGUGGCGGCGGCAGUGCUGGCUCCAGCAGCGCUGGCUCGCUGUCGGCUGGCUCGGCCAGCCAGGGCGCCUCGGCUACGGUCGCCUUCAUGGACAUUAAGUCGGCGGCCAAGGCCCACGCCACCGAGCACACCCUCGACGAGCGGGCCCUCACCACGCAGUACUACGAGCCGCAGCACCUGCAGCACAGGUUCCCCUCGCACCCGCGGGAGCGAGAGCGAGAGCGGGAGCGGGAGCGCGACCGGGACCGCGAGCGCGAGCGGGACCGCGACAGAGAGCGCGAGCGCGAGCGCGACCGCGACCGGGAGCGCGACAGGGACAGAGAGCGCGACCGAGACCGGGAGCGCGAGCGCGAGCGCGACCGGGAGCGCGAUCGCGAUCGCGAGCGGGGCUUCGAGUCGGCUGUGACGGCGGCCAACAGCUCGAGCAGCCGCUUCGCCCGCUACGAGACGCCGCCGCGCUCGAGGACCGGCGGCGUGGGCGGCUACGGGGGUGCGCGCUCCGGCAGCCCCGCCGGCCCGCCCGGCCUGGUGGGCCGCGCCGGGCGCCGACCCUACGGCCCGCCCGAGGCCUACUACGAGCCGCACACCGACUACACGGAGCUGCGGGCGCAGCGCGCUGCCUUCCGCGCGCCGCCGCCGGCCUACUGCGACGAGUACGCGCCCGCCGACGAGUACGAGCUGCUCGGCGGGCCGCUCGACGACGAAAAGCUGGGCCUGGGCCUGCCGCCGCCGGCGAUGCCGGCCGCCCCGGGCGGGCCCGCGCACGCGCGCUCCGCCGCGACGGCGGCCGGCCUGCUGCUGCCGCCACAGGACCUGCGCCACCUGCAGAAGGAGCGUGUGCACCUGCUCGAGCAGUUGGAGGAGUGCAGCCACCACAGCGGCAGCGGCGACGAGCUGCUGUGCGCGCUGCCGCACGCGGGUCUCGGGGUGCACGGCGCGCUCGCGGGCCUCGGGCCCUCGGCCAAGAAGCGCCAAAAGCUGCUGCUGCUGGGCAACGCCGAGGCGCAGCCCCCGGGGGCGCUCGCCGCGGGCGACGUUCUCGCCGGCACCGCUUCCAGCUCGUCCUGCUCGUCGUCCUCGUCGUCGUCGGCCGCCGGUCUGCUGCUCGGCCACCACGGGCCGCCGCCGCCCGACGAGCUGCUGCUGCCCGACGAGGAAGUUUCCUCGAUCUUGGUCACCUCGCAUCCAGGCCGCAAGGGAAUGGAAGUGCGAAGAGUCUCCGACAGCAAGUUGCUGCUGCAGCAUCACCUCGCCUCCUCGGGCUCCUCGUCGCGGCGCUCCAGCUGCGAGAGCCGUUCGUCUGCCGCCGCGGCUGCGUCCGCGGCCGUCGCUCAGCAGCAGCCCUGCAAGCGGCGCCGUGACACGGCCACCAGGCAUCACGAGCACCACGAAAGCUCCCGGCCUGGAACGCCGCUUGUGGACGAGCGGCCCGAGAACAUCUUGCCGAGCGAGCCUAGGCGUUUUCGCGAACGCAACCAGGAUGGGCCGUUGUCGCUGCCUUUACCGAGAUUCGCCAGCCAGCUACUGAACAAUAACAGUCUUAGCAGUAUCACCAGCGUCAGCAGCGGUAGCAACAGUACGAGCGGCCCGAACAUCAGGACCGGCGCCGGUCUGGGCAGUCUUUCGAAGAUAAGCUCGCCGCCAAGUUCACUAUCGCUGGCGUGUCCACGCAACCAGGCUCAGCCGCCCGCGUCGCCGCCGCCACCGGCAGCGGCCCCAAGCCUUGGACCUGCACACCCGGAUCCACCAGCCGCAACGCCCGCGCCAUUGGGCAUCCAGCGUCAGCUGAGCCCUAGCCCUACGAGCUCCGAUAGCGAAGCGGCGCCGCAGUCGCCAAGUCUCGAGGAGCGCAUCCGCUCGCUCGACGAGAAGUACGAGAAGUGGUCGGGCUCUCGGGCCCUCAGCGCUGCGGGUGGCGACGCCCUCGCCAAGCUCGACGCCCAGGCCUCCGAGCGCUUCCGUUUCCGGCACAAGUUGCUCGACCUUGAUCUGCACGAGGUGCAGCCUUCCGACAUCGUCAAAUCAGUUCUGGCUAAGCGCAGUGUCUUCGACGAGGACUCCAAACGCCUGGAGAACUUCAGUGAAAAGUACGAGCCCAGAGAGUUCACGGGGCUGCUGUCGUCGGCGACUGCGGCCGCCGCUCUGGCGCCAACCGCAGGCAAGUUGCUGCCCGCACUGCAGUACCCUUUCCCUAGUCAUCCGCCGGCGAGUCCCGCUGCCGGUUGCGGCUCCGCGUGCUCGUCGCCGGCACUCAAGCCGCCGGGCACCCCGGCCACACCUGUCACACCUAGCGCGGUUCAGGCCAAGACCGCUAGCCCGGAACUUCCACCACUGACAAUGCCCGUGAACCUGGGCCUGGCACACGCCUCCACCGUGCGCAGUCCCUCAUGCGUGACGUCGCCGACACCGACGCUCAGCCCGUCCUUCAGUGCCAGCCACCAAACUCCGUUGGAAGCAUCACGAUCACGUGUUAGAAAGGAGACAACUGCCAGAGACUCUCGAGUGCAGAUGCAGCAACAGCAACAGUUCUCCUCAAUCUGCUUACCCUCGUCUACGACCUCCACACCGUCCUCCACGUCGUCGAAUUCCUCGUCGUCGUCGUCGUCAUCCUCAUCGUCCUCGGGAAUAAUGGUAUCCACCUCGUCGAGGAGACCGUCAUCCCGCAAAGAAGAGGACGGGCCGAUUGACAAGAGCCUCGAACUCAUAACAAUACGCAAGGUUCGCGAGGACAAUGACGAGUCGCGGGGCUGCGCGAUCACGGAAGCGGACGGAGCGAAGCAGCCACAGCAUCAGCAGCUGUCGAGCAAAGAUAGCCGGCAGGAGCGACGAGACGAGCCGCGCAGGGACAAGGAAGAACGUGAACGCCAGGAGCGUGAUAGGCGAGAAAAAGACGAGGAGCGCCGGGAGCGCGAACGUCUGGAAAAGGAGCGACAAGAAAAGGAACGCAAGGACCGUGAAGAACGGGACAGAAGAGAGCAGGAGGAACAGGACAGACGAGAAAAGGAACGGCUCGAGCGCGAGAGGAAGGAGCGUGAACGCGCUGACAAGGAGAGGCACGAAAAGGAGCGGUUGCGCAAGGAACGUGAAGAGCAGGACAGGCGAGAAAAGGAAGAGCGCGAGAGGCGACGCGACGAGAAGGACCGCGCGGAACGCGAGCGGAAGCGCGAAAAAGACGAGCGCGAACGGCUCGAGCGAGAACGCAGGAAAGAGAAAGAAGAGCGUGAGCGGCUAGACAAGGAGAGGCAGUCACAGCAACACGACCGCGACAAGCGGAAGGAGCGCGAAGAGCUCGAGAGGCGAGAGAAGGACAAAGCUGAACGCGACAGGCGCAAGGAGCGCGAGGACAAGGAGAAAGAUAAAGACAAGGACAAGGACAAGCAACGGGAGAGUCACGCGCAAGUGACGGGCCAGUCGGCCCUCACCCAGUCGGUUGCGGCUCCGGCUGCUGUACCAGCCUCCAUCUCUAGCAAGAGACGUUGCUCGUCGCAGGAUGCGCCCAUCGAUGAUGAAGUCAGAGAAACCAAACGCAUUAAAGUCUCGUCGGAGCAUCGAAGAGACAACAAAGACAAAUCCAAACAGAAUCGUCGCUCUGAGGACCGCAAGCAUCGUAGCACCGAUACGCAUAGGUCCAGCCGUGAUAGCAAGGAAAACAAGGACUCGUUCUCGGUCAACGACGCCCGGGACAGCAGGGAGAGCCGUGACAAUAAACUUGAUCGCGACGGCUGCAGAGACCAAACGACUAAGGAUAUCGGCAAGGAGGCCCAUCCUCAUAGCGAGCUCACUUCCAUUAGGGAAUCCAACAAAGAAGGCAAAGAGAACAACAGGGACAUACUUGGAUCGUCCAAGGACAAGCAUCGCAACAAGAAAAGCCGCUCCGAAAGAUCCUCCGAGAAGGAAUCAAGAGAACGAAGUCCUCGAGUUUCGCUUAAUGAACCGGAAAAAGAUUUUCUCUCGAGGUUGGAAUUGACGAAACGAAUUGACAAUAGCUUGUCUAAUGACCAAUCCGUAGUCUUGCACCAUCCCAAGGAUUCGCAUCCCCAACAACAACACGAGCAACGACAUCAUCACCAUCAUCAUCAUCAACAGCAACAGCAUCAACAACAGCAACCGCAGCAGCAACAAAAUCAACAACACCAGUCGCAUCAUCACGUUAAUUCUAUCAUGCUCCAUAGUGACAUUGACGAAGGCGCACUUUCAACGCAUGAAAUUCAAGGAUUGCGAAAUCCCUCGGCUACGGACACUGACAGUGACGAACCUAAAAAGCACUCUAUAUUCGAUAUUGUCGACGACGAGCCGGCCUACAUCAGUAUGUACGAUAAGGUUAAAGCGAGAUCGACCAAAAAUAUGCAAAAACUCGAAGAAGAGAAACGCCAGGUACGGCUCAAAGACAAAUUUUCACAGCUCAAACAAAGCAGAGCGAGACGAGAGGAAAAGAAACAAAGCACGUCAUGGGAUGGAGAUUCGGUUAGUAGCAAAGCUCUCACUGAAGACGAAGCCACUUCGGAGUCAGAUUCUGCUAGAGCCAAGUCCCUCUCACGCAAAGGGUCGAGGUCCCAAAUUCAUUCUGAUACAAGCGAAGAAGAUGAAUCAUUUCACAAUAAAUUGGAUAAAAUCAAAAACGAGCGCUUCCUUGAGAGCGAAAUGGAUCUUGGCUUUGCCGACACCGAAGAUAAACACAACCCUCGUGACAUGUCGGCAGCAAUGAACAGCAGUAUUGUCGUUAACAGCGUGCGCGUCAAAGAAGAACCGAAAACGUCCGAUGACGAGGAAAAGCACACAAUGUCUUUCCACCCAAGUCACUCGUUGGUGACGAACAAUCACGAGCACGAUUCACGCAAGAAAGCUCACAAAAAGAAGCAGAAGCGCCAAAAAAAUUCAAUAUCCAGCGAGGAUGGCAUCAUCAAAGCCGAAAUCUGUGAUAAUUUAGAUUACAAAGGCAACAAAAUGAAUCUCUGUUCGGUGAACAACUCAAUUCGCAUCGGGAACGAUUCACCAAACUCGACGAGCCUCAUAAAUACGUCAAUAACGAUGGAACAUAGCGAUGCGGAGGAGAGGAUCCAUCAAGAGAAGAAAGUGCGUAAUAAGAAAGAUAAGCGUCGUGACAGAAAUAGUGCCGAAAGUAAACUCAAGGCCCGAAGGAAAAGGCUAAAUCGGCAAGAGGCACGAGACAGCCAGAGGAUGGAAGAUAUCUUCGGACCUCUUUCGGAUGAAGUGGAUGAGCCAUCAAGUAACAACUAUUUUGAGAAACUGGCCGAUUCGCCUCACGACAAUCAUACGGGCUACAAUUCUGAUAGCGACGGUUUGCACAGUCCGGAGAGUGAACGGCUGCGCCGGAGAUCAGAAAAAAAGCGCAAACAGUUGCAACAAGAACAGCAGCAGAAAAUGCUGCUACCACUGGACGAGAACAGUGUUGACUUGGCUGAAGCUGGGCGAGAGAUCGAAGCUAAACUGUUGGGGCUGCCCACUUUGCCUAAAUCCGCGGCCACUUGUACCGAAUCCACCGAGCAUGACGUUUUCCGCUUCACUGACGACAAUGACAGCGUUGAGCCCUCGACGCCGGGACACGUCAGUUCCGCACCCGAGAAACUUAAGGAGAAAAAGAAGAAACGCAAAAAGAGCAAAGAAGAGCGUACACGCAAGGACAGCCAUCAUCACCAUCAUCAUCACCAUCAUCAUCACCACCAACAACAGCAACAACAGCAACAACAACAACAACAACAACAACAACAACAACAACAACAACAACAACAACAACAACAACAACAACAGCAGCAGCAACAGCAGCAGCAGCAGCAACAACAACCGUCACAACUACAACAGGAACAGGAGCAACAGCCACAGCAAACAGAUAAGUCGAGUGCGUCUGGUUUGCCUUACCUUGGUGCCGAAAGCCCACCUCCGCCAACUAGCAGUCCACUAACAGCUCCCAAGCCCUCGCUCUCGCCGUCACAGCUACACUCACCUACGGAAAAAGUGCUCAGCCCUAUUCCCAAGAUUGGAGCGAGUAUGCCCAGCAUUACAGCCUCUCUGCCCGUCGCAUCCCCGAGCGAGGAAAUUGAGUCUGCUAAGUCGGAUAAAAAGAAGGACAAGCUUAUUCCCGGCUUUGGUGUCAACAUAGAUGAAAGUAUACAUGAGAACGCAGUAAAAAGCAUUUCUGAACCGGACGAGCGCAACUCCAGCCUGCAAUCGAGCCAGAGCCGAGAGGAUCAAGACACACUGCCCGAACCUGCCACUCCUCCGCCCCAAGUGGAGGAUAAGCCGCGUGCCAUAAUAUCACAGGAGGAAACGGAGGACGCGGUGGCAGCUCUCCUGGAAGAAACAUUUGGAGAAACUGAGAAUUACACCUAUGAGGGCGAAGAAGACGAAGAGGCUACUGUCGCCGUCACUGCUGCAGCCACGUCUGCUGUACAUAGCGCUCCGACCGCGGCCACAGCUGCCGCACAUAAUGCCCCAACUACAGGACCCGAGAUUGUCGCUACGCCGCUAGAGACGCCCGCCGUUAGCACCGAAGACGUCGACGAGACGCAGCAGGCUGUUGAAAGCCUCGCCGCCACUCGCCCCUCCGACACGGAUUUGAAACCCGAUACACCACAGAGCGAGCACGACUUGCAGAUAGACACGGACACAGAGGAAGAUCAGCACUUAGAUAGUUCCGAUAUUGGCCAGCCAUCUUUGAUACCGCUGGAUGCUCUGUCGAGAUGCAAAUCCCCCGGAAAAACACCGCGAUCUGCGGUGCCGAACACCUCCAGUCCAGUAGAUCCAUCGGUGGGCGAAGCCGCUAAGUCCGAAAGUGCUGCUGCGGGUUCAGUGAUCGCACAGUCUUGGAAUCUGAAUGAGUCGAAAGUCAGGCAACUGGCAAAGUCGGCCUCAAAUAACGAUAACGAACGAUUAGCUCAGUCGACUCAACAGCAGCAGCAGCAAGCAAAACCCAACGUCAUGAACUCUUGCUGUGCUGCCACGACGAAAUCAGUGCCCACCAGUCCACCGAAGAAUGUCUUGAAAUUUUCACGUUACUGUCGAGAACUGUUCCUCGGGAAAUAUUCGAAACUGGAAGCAAUUGAAUCACAGAGUGCAAUUAGUAGCAGCGGAAGCAGUAACGGCCAGACAUCACAGCCGACUCCCUGCCAACCUCCAUCGCCCAACGGUCAGUGGAGUCGUAACCCGGCAGCGAGUCCUUUGUCUCCGUGCUCGGCUAAGUCUCCGUCCACGAAUACACCUGUGCGCAUUCCCGUGAGCGUGCCCAUCUCGGCUCACCGACCAGAGGCCAGCUUACAAUACAUCUACUCGACGGCAGCUGGUCAACAACCAGUCAUACAGCAUGCGCCCGGUAUGAGGGCUGCGGCACCUGCGUACCCACGAGGUGGCCUACCACCGCUUAGCCUCAACGUGCCGCCGAGGCCCUAUCUGCCGAGUGUUCCACCCAUAGCAACGCCAGGUACCCAGCCGAAGCUCCCGAGAGAAUCGGGCCACGCGGACAAACUAGCCACAAUGGAUACGCUUAUAGCGGCGAGCGAGCCCUCUACGAGAAUCGACGAACCGAAAUUGCCAGCAGCCGUGGUGCCCGAAGCCGCCAAGUCUACCUCACCGAAGGUGCCGUCUCCGAACCAACCUCCCAUCUACAUUCCAGAGACAGCUAAAGUCGAGGUCCAGUCGAGCAGUAGCUCCUCGGCCGUAGCUCAGCAGACUAGGCAGAAGCAGUCCAUCACCGAGGCGACAGCGAUCGGCCAUGAGACCAACCUUAUGCUCUCAUCGCGGCAGAAGCAGCAGCAGCCACACGAGACUACCACUGCACAGCUGAUGUCAACUCAUGCAGCAACGAUACUACCUCGCUCCUCGACUCCCAGCCCAGUAAUCGUGGCGCACGGUACCCAAUCAGCACAUCUGAUGCAUGCGACGCUCGUUCAAGUGACGACUAUCGCCACAGCUAAUCAGUCGCCACUCGUUAAGACCGUCGCCUCAGCCGAGCGGCUGCUUUCACCACCGACAAGCUUGAUCCUGGAUAAGACAACUAAUCUACAUUCCAGCGCUGGAUCGGUUGUCACCCAGAAGCCUGCGAUCAUUGGUAACUCGAGCGUUUUCUUGACCAAAUCACUCGUACCCGCGGUAGCCUCCACCAUGUCCCAGACCAUCAUCUCGCGAGUCGCGCCAGAUAUGAACGCGUCUUGCAAAUCGAACGCUCCGGAGAAUGACUUGUGCCACAUUAAAGAGGAAAUAAUGGUCCACGAUCAUACGCAUCAACUCGCGCAAAACCUUGACUCCAAACAGGAGUGCACAAUCAAGCAGCACGAGAGACAGUUGGAGAGCAUCGCCAAGAAGGUCGAUGGCCUUCCGCAGGAGUACAAUAAACUGGACGUGCGUACGCUUGCCGAAGAUGACGGAAGGCGAGACGAUAGUCGUGUAGCUGACGUCACGAAUCCCUCGGAUGAUAAACUGUCGGCUAUGAACACUCGAUCAGAGCUGCAGCAGUCGGAGUCGGCUAUAAAGAACGAAGUUAUCAAAAUGGAGGCCGAUGACGAGACCACGGAGGAGCAAAAUGCAGAGCCGACCGAGGACCCGCUCAAAGACCAGUGCGAUCCGCUAGCGCUAGACACCCUCAAAGAGGAAGCCACCGACAGCAAAGAGGAUAGUGACUACUGGUCAGCCAAGGAAGCCAACAUCGAGAGCGUGAUCAAGAAGGUCGAAGCAUUGUGUGACAGCGAGAGCAACGAGAUCGCCGAGAGCCAAAGUGAGCCGCGCGAGACAAGCAAGAGUGACGGUGACUCAUGGGGCGAGGCGGAGAUGCUCGACGAAGAUAUUACCAAGAGAAGCCUUAAGUUCGACGCCUCGAGUACUCACGAGGAAGAGUUAGAUGAAGGCGUGGAAGCUUGCGACGUAGACUCGAGCAGAGCCCGCCGAGGCAGGUCUAAGGCGAAGCGGGCUGUUGGAAGUCGCGGCGGCGUCACUACCAGACGAGGCGGCCGAGCGGCCGCAGUGGCGGCGAACGCCCCUACAUCUACACCCCCGGUCCUAGCCCCUACCCCAGUGCAAAGGCGCGGUGGACGCCCAGCCAGAGGUGGCAGGCAGCAUGCUGAAAAAAGCAAGUUACCCGCGGACGUCUACGAGUUCCACGACGACAGCGAGGAUGAUCACGCUGGUCGCCUGAGGCUUAUCAUCACAAUCAAGUCUAACCCGGAGAAGUUUGCUAAUCCACCAGCCCAGCUGCCGUGCGCCACUCCACCCAAGGACUCACCUACCGAGGAGUUCGUCUCGCCCGCAUCCAAUACUCGCAAAUCCCGGCGGUUAGCCCGUUGCAGAUCCACCGUGGACGAUAUCAUCGAGGACGUCGUUCGCGGUGGUGCCAACAAGAAUGCGCCGGGUCUCACCGGCACUCGUAGGAGUACCCGUCAGAACAGUGUGCCACGAGCCACUCCAACUCAGCAGCAACAGCAACCACCAUCAUCUGCGACACUACAACAGCAGCCACAACAGCAAUCUCAACAACAGCAACAACAGGCGCCACUCGCACCGGACACGAGAAAGUCAGUAAGAGGCGCGCGCAAAACCACGAAACAGAUGUCUGAGAGCCAUGACGAAGCUGCUGACGACAAGAUCAAGACUGAAACUACCGAAAUUCUAACUAAAGAAGAAAUCGCACUGUCUACGCAGCCGAUCAAAACCGAAGAAAUAAAACAGCCCGCGAUCACAGCUACCAAGUCAACUUCGCACGAGCCGAUGACACUUAUCGAUCCGGUCACCGGAAUGUUAAUACCGAUGCGAGAGUCCGAAGAGGGACAGUACAUUCCAGUAUCAACGGCAACUGGACAGGUGAUACAAAACCAACUACGAAGCAGCUUUACGGUUAACAGCAGCGAAGAUCCGAGGACCAAGUGCCUUGAGUCAGCAGCAACGGAAAGUAAGCUUGAUGCAAGAACCGAGUUAGCUCUCAACAGCAACAACGGCAAGGCGUCGCAACCGCAGAGUACCAUCACUGUGAUCGCCAAGCCUCAGUCACCGCUCGUGCAGUCCGCCAUCCAAACAACCUCGAACGCGCCUGCAGCAACCGUCCAAUCAAAACCUACAAGCCUAAAAGCUCACGUGCUCAACUCCAGCAAGCUGCAAGCGAGUCAAGCCCAACACGUGGCUCUGGUAGCAAAGACGCCACCCGUCACGUCCGGCUUGCAGCUACAGACGCCGGCUCGCGUGAACUCGCCCUGUUCCAGUCCCCAACUGAAGUCGCCGCAGCCCGCCGCUGUGAACGCGGUGGCGAGCACCAAGGUGCAGGGCCAGUCGAUGUCACCGGUGCUCAGGGACAACCCGGGCAGUGCCCCGAAUCCCAAACAACAUCUGCUACAGGCAGCAGUGAAACUUCAGCAAGCAUCGACAAUCGUGAGCGGUCCUCCGGCGCCAACGUCAUCACAGAGGGCUCACACGGUCGGUCAGCAGCCGGUACCAUCACCGCAGAGCAUCAAGCCCGUCAGCUCUCAGCCUCACCCGCUUAAUCCGAAAGCGCACGUGCUACAGGCGGUCACGCCCUCAAUCAUCUCUGCAGCUGUGGUUAAUCCACCCGCUCAGUCGCACCUUGUUGCUGCGCAGCCUGUCGUUUCAGCGGGCUCCUGCGCCCGAACCACCGUGCCAAACUCACCGGUAUCCGCAAUUUUAGAGGCGCCUAAAGUCGAGGUGUCAAUGUCGGGCUGCAUAAUGGUACCAGCUCCCAGUCCGCAAAGCCGAGUCGUUUCAAUGGCUGCUUACGAGGCUUCUUUGCAUGGGAGUGCUGGUACAGUUCCGUCACCAGGGGUACAGUAUGGACUUGUCACCCCCCAUCGUCCUCCAAGUCCCCCAUUGCCUCCGCCGGCACAUCACCACGCUAGUACUCCUCAGGGCGACGUGGCCAAUCACUACGCUGGACUACGCGCCGGGGAGCUAGCUCCGCCCUACAUGCACCAGCAGGUACUCCAAUAUCCAUACCUGGGCGCUCCGAGAUUGCCGUACCACAUAACAGGCAGAAGAUCGCCGCACCUAGGUCUAGAUCCAAAGAUGGAAGUCAGUCUCGAGGAGACGGUUCACAGUCCGCCGCUAGAACUGCGUAGGGACAGGCGCACCCCCCAAGAGCGAACAACAGACAGCCCGCAAGUGGCACAAGUAUAUAUGAUGCACGGCGCUGCCGGCCGGUUACCUCCGCAGUUCGGCGCACCGGCCGCGUUGCAGCGACCCUACUACGAACCGCCACCAGCGCAUCUGCACUCACAGUACCCGUUACCAGCAAGCGAGGCGCCACCGUUGGAGCGCGCCCUCACGCCCGAUCGCGGCAGAAAGCAGAUGGUCGCCACGCCCCCAGGCAUACCGAGAGCGCCGCAGCCGGGAGCGCCGCAUUCGGCACCACCACCGCCGGCACAACCGGACUCGCUAACGAUGCUGCUGGCGCGGUACCCGGUCAUGUGGCAGGGCUUGCUCGCCCUUAAAAAUGAUCAGGCCGCCGUGCAAAUGCAUUUUGUAUUCGGCAAUCCGUCGGUCGCUCAGGACAGCCUGCCGUUAAAUGGCGACGGCUCCACGCCGCCGCUACGCAUUGCCCAGCGGAUGAGACUCGAGCCGACGCAGAUCGAGGGUGUAUCUCGCAAGAUGCAGAUCGACAACGAGCACUGCAUGCUAUUGGCACUGCCUUGCGGCCGCGACCACGCCGACGUUGCCAAUCAGAGCAACAAUUUGCAGUCUGGAUUCAUAACGUACCUUCAACAAAAACAGGCGGCGGGCAUCGUCAACAUGGCGGCCCCGGGAUCUCAAGAACCCUCGUUCGUCGUACACAUAUUCCCGUCGUGCGACUUUGCCAAUGAAUGCCUGGCCCGCAUUGCACCUGACCUGAUGCAUAGAGUUGCGGAGAUUGCCCACCUACUCAUCGUUAUUGCCACUGUGUGAAAGCAGUAGGCACUUACUGGCUUUCAAACAUCAUCUCGGUAGCCCAAGCAUCGGUGGACCCGGCAGGAGUGGCGCCGAGCGACUGGCCUCGCUAGUGAUCGAAGUCUUAGCUGCUGCCUCUAUAUUUGAGCAUCCAUGCGACAAUCACACGAUUAUGACCGUGAGAGCAUUGAAAUCUCUCGCCUAUCCAAAGUUCUUGGCCAACGACUCUGCGCCGGGAAAGCCUAGACAGAGAGUGAAAGAAAGAGGGAAAGAGAGAGAGAGAGAGAGAGAAAGGGAGAGAGUGCGAGAGCGAUGGGGAGAGAAGCCGCUCGAAUACGCGAAGGGGUUAGCGGAAUUUCGGUAUUACGCGUGCCCUUUCGCAUCCGACUCUCUGCCUCGAAACGCGAGGUCAACGCUAGCUACGUUUGUGGGAGUGACCGACUUCACUCUUGGUCCCUCCGACAAGCGGGCCAGGCAGAAGCAACUCUCCUCUUCUUCGCCAUCGAUGUUGACAUGUCUUCUGUUAACUCUCCUGUCUCUGCGUUAUACUUAUAUAGUAUAUAGUAUGAUGUGUAUGUAUAUUAUGUAAGUAUGAAUAACAAACCUCUGAACCUGAUCAUUCACUCGACCGAUAACGUAUAUAUACUACUGACUCCAUCAAGUGACCAACAUUUCCCGAUAAUCACGUGCAACUUGACAGGUGUCACCUGCAUGGGUAUUUCUUUUUGCGAAAAUAUGCACCACUAUCUUCCUGUCCCUGUACACGAGCUAUUUAACAACGUUACGAAGGUUUCAACACACAUUAUACAUUUAAGAGCCAGCAAAGGCAUGACUACUGUGAUUUUAAUUAUUUAAUGAUAUCUGUAUCUAUCUGCAUAAAAGAUAAAAACAAACAUAAGAUCGUUUAACGCGAUCCAAGCGCGCGCGAGUUAUGUGAUGUGUUAUUGUAUAAUAUUACUCUAUAUAAAUACCUAUGUAUUAUAUUAUCUUGUAAACCAAUAGUCGCCGCCGCUCCGAAUUUAGUGUUAAAUUUAUGAUCGGUCAUAUGCGAAUUCAGACGAAAGACAUACAAAACAAAAUACGUUGCGUUUAGAUUUUAGGAAGGCGAGUUGAAAAGUAAAACAAAAAGCAUUAGCUACGUAGUAUAAAUCCCUAAUGUAUUAUAAAUACCCGAGCAGUAGAUUGUACAAUAUUUCGGAAAAAGAUUUAAAAUUACCAUCCAUGCAUACGCGCAUCUAUGUAUAUUAUUAUAAAAAAUUAAUUCGUUAUUUUCAUUUACUAUGAGUCUUUCUAAUAAUAAAUAUAACAUUAUAAUUAUAAUUCUUCUUUUGAUCAUUAUUAUCAUUGCGAUUAUUGAAACGUUAUUUCUAUCUACUCUAUCACUAUAACCACUCUAUUGCUAAAACUACUACUAUUACUACUACUACUACUUCUACUACUUCUACUACUUCUACUACUGCUACUACUACUUACUCCUACUACUACUCCCACUAUUGUACAGCUGUACUACUGCUAUUCUAAUAAUAAUUGCUAUCAACUAUUGCCGAUAUUAUUUGUUGAGUUAUGAAAGAAAAAUGAACGGUAGAACGAAGAGCUGUAUCCCAAGCUACUUAGUACAUAUUGGCCUGCAAGUUAAGCAUAAUUAAUAGUAAAACAAGCAGAAGCGCCGCCAAAAGCAGUAAGACUCGCACAGAUUAGGCAGGCUACGAUCGAUCUCACUAACGAUUACAUUGUUGCGAAUCUUGUUGCGCUACAUAUAUCGAUAUUUGAAGAACAAAGACGUUGCACUCAUCCAACUUUGUCGCUGUCUCGUCGUUAUUCUCAUCACGUUGAAACGCAUGUCUCCUUUCCGUAGUACAUUACUAGAAUGUUUCUGCCAAAGUAACGACGAGAACGCUCAAUAGGACAAGUACAUAUUAGAUGCGUAACAAUUAGCAAUCAGCAUGAUUUACAGUGGUAUUUGCCGAUCAAAUUGACACGUAUAAAUUUGCGUGGGUGGACAGGAUGUAUGGGAUUGAGUGCACGCAACCUCCAUAUUUCUGCGUCGUUCUUUUCUUUGAUUGCACUCCCCCUCCCCCUCCCUCUCUUCUCGCUAUCUCUUCACCUUUUUCGCAUCCUCCGCUUUUCUAUUCUUUAGCUACUUCUGAAUUGACACUAGGCUGUGAUUUGACUACACGGACAUUAAUGAGUUAUAUAAAUUGUAUAUCCGUAUAAGGUCUAAUCCUCUUGAUCUGUAGCAAACGACGACAAUGUUCCGCAGAAACGCAAGUGAGCUGUCAAAAAGAAGAAAACUCGGAGCAGUUUUCAAAUCUGAAAUCACUUAUUACCUUGUAAUCUUAUAUUGUUUUUUAUAAAUUUUUUUUAUUGAACGACAGUCACGACAAUGUUCUGUCCAUCCUUAGAUAAUAGUGUAUAUUAAGUUAGCUGAAACUCGGAUAAUGAUUGUAAGGCCGAAGUUGUAUUGAGCGGAAUGUUGCCAACUGGCACCUUCGAUAUGUAUAAUGUUCCUCUCGAUACUACUUGCGCGCCAAGGCACUGCUGCAAAAGCAUACUUGUGUGCUGCGCCUCAGUUAUAUGCAGUAUAAAAGAUGCAUUGUGCAUAUGUACAGAAUAUAUAUAUAAAUAAGUAUACAUAUAUACAUAAAUUUAAUUGAAUUAUAUAUAUUUAAAAGACGAAUUCGGGAACGAAUGUCCAUGCGAGAGAAAAACAAGCGAAACGGUAAUUAUUAAUACUACGAUCAUAUAUAUAAAUUAAAAUAUGUUAGGUGGUCAUGGCAUAUACAUUGCAGAACGUGCUUUAGGCACUUCAUUAUCUCGAUCACCCUCUACGUUGUAUUCCGAUUUGGUUUGACUCGCUGGCACAUUCGACUGCAUCCCUCACUCUCUGUAAAUUCCAUAUUUCUAGCAGUUAAUGCUGUUUUUAGUGUGUAAUGCUGUCGAAAUACACGACAACGAACGGAAUGCAGUGUAUAUGCUGCUGACAAACGCUCAUCCAUCUUGUAAUAUAUCUGUGAAUAUUAGGGUUUAGUUUCUUCCUAUAUGGACACCGAAAUAUAAGGGCAUACGGUUGCAUUCCAACGCGUACGAUUCGUAGGUAUUGACAAACGUCAUUAGAAAUAUUUGAUUAUUUACACUAGUGUCAAUGCACGUCCAUCACCAUCACAGAAAGUCCUAUACCUUGAAACUACAGCAAAAUAAUAAAAAUCACACAUUGACCUUAAUAAUCGUCGUCACCUCAAAAAUCGAUGAAAAUUUCCAAUGAAAAAGUAAUGAUAAACACUUCCAAAUUUUGUCUAUAUUUGUUAUUUGCGUGUGAAAUGUUGUCCAUGCUAUUGAAUUAAACAUUAUUCAACGACACAUAUUAGAUUAUAUAAUUGAAAUUUUACUUUAUAAAAAAAUUGAUUAUUAUAAUUGUUAAUAUUUUGUUGCAGUUUUAAAAUAUAGUGUUUUUGUGAUAAACGUUGGCACUAGUGAAAAUAGUUAAACAUUCUAUAGUCAUGCUUGUCAAUUUCUUCGAUUCGUACGCGUUCGAACGUAAGCGUCUGCGCUUAUGUAGCGCUGCCCUAUUAGGCUAAUAGUAUGAACAACAAAAGAGUUUAUGUUUAUUGCAUAAGCAAAAUGUACAGGUAUCACUUUUCGUUUUGUGUUUUAAUGUAGCUAUUGAUAAUUAUAUGGAUAUAUUAACGAUAAUAAUA